AUGAAUAUUUCGGUGCCCGUGGGCUCGGUCCCCCGGGCUACGAUGGCCCAAACUGGGCAAUUAAGUGAUUCUGCUGCAAUUAUGGACACGCACAGUGCAACAAAUAGUGAAAUAAUGGACAAUGGCGUCAAGAUGAUUUGGGACCCGAUUUCCAUGAAGGAAAAAUUAAUUAAAUGUUAUAAGUGCCAAAGCGACAUCAGAUUGGACGCUCUCACCUGGGGUGCCACCCAGGCGAAUACCAAACUAGUGAAAUAUGAACAGUGCAAGCUAGACCUCCUAAUGCAAGCUGCGGUGAGCACAAAAAUAAGAACUAACGGACAAAGCGUAGAACUAUAUAGUGAAAUGACCGUAUACCUGGCCCCACUGAGGACUGGAAUAAAAUCGAACAGAGUGUGCGGAUACUGCAAGUGUAUACGUGAAUUCGUCACCAUAAGCCAAUUAGAAUUUACCUCGGAAAAGUACUACAGAUGCAUAAACUGUGGUAGUGACCAAUGUGCAAGAAUAUAUCCUAAAACUGCACUAAACAGUAUCAAUAAAGUGAAGAAAACGAAACGCGGGAAACUCGGUGGCGGUGGAAUAUUCCAGAGCGCCGCGGCUGCGCCCGGCGUCGGUGUAAAGUCCAAGGUUCUACACACCGCACCUGCGCGCGCCGACGGAGGCGUGCGUCACGUGAGCGACGUCGCUGUUGCUGUGCCGCAGUCACGUACGCCACGAACGUUCGAGUUCGAGGGCGUGGCCCCGCCCCGCGCGCCAAUAACAUGUCGCGCGCUGUCAGAGCCUUGGGGCUAG